UCUUUAUUUUCUGUCCGUUACUUAUACACUUCGGUCAACAGAUUCCAAGGAGAGACGACCAUUUCAUCUUCUGGGCAGAAACAGGAUCAAGUCCUCUUGCAAAGGCGAUUUCUCGAAGAAGGAAGAAUCAAGCAGCAGUUAUGGCGGAUCAGCUCACCGACGAUCAGAUCUCUGAGUUCAAGGAGGCUUUUAGCCUCUUCGACAAGGACGGCGAUGGUUGCAUCACCACCAAGGAGCUUGGAACAGUGAUGAGAUCUCUCGGACAGAACCCAACAGAGGCAGAGCUCCAAGACAUGAUCAACGAAGUGGACGCUGACGGCAACGGAACCAUUGACUUUCCCGAGUUCCUAAACCUAAUGGCUCGUAAGAUGAAAGACACCGACUCGGAGGAGGAGCUGAAGGAAGCAUUCAGGGUCUUCGACAAGGACCAGAACGGAUUCAUCUCCGCUGCCGAGCUCCGUCACGUCAUGACGAAUCUCGGGGAGAAGCUAACGGACGAGGAGGUGGAGGAGAUGAUACGUGAGGCCGACGUGGACGGAGACGGCCAGAUUAACUACGAAGAGUUCGUCAAGAUCAUGAUGGCUAAGUGAAUCAUUAUUGAUCAAGCAAAAGAAAAAGGUUCUUAUGACACUUCUUAUCCUAUUUAUAUAAAUGGAUUUCUCUAGUGCUUUCAAAAGCAUCUCUAGGAGUUAUCAAAAGCAAUUUUCAUGAAUUUGGUCGAGUGAUUUAGCGUUUUUAACAGACUCUUGGAAUUUGUUGUUGUUGUGACGUUUCUCUUGUUCAUAUGUGGAUUUUCUGUUGCAGAAGAUGAAAUUUGUCGUAAUA